GCAAAGACCGGAACACGGUCGCCUUGCAAAAUUUCACAUGGGCUUCUACAUAACUACCUGACCCUACGUGAGCUUUGCCUGCAACUCUGCUCUGCCACCUGGAUGCCACUAUGGACUCAGUUUGUGCCUCCACAGCCAGUCCAGCAGAAAUUCCCCCCACCUGCCCUGAGAGUGCACCAGCCUCGGCUCAGCCACAGGUCCCACCACAAAGACCCUCAGGACCUGUGGAAGACCCCCCACCUUACUCACCCCCCUACCCGAAAACAGAUUGCUUCUUCUUCCCAACACCCUGCCCCCACUACCCGGAGCAGCCAGUGUUCUACCAGCCCCAGUUCACGCCCUCGGCCAGCUACCCACCCUACAGCAUUUAUGUGAGCGGGCCGACCUCAGGUCAGGAGAACAGCUCCCAGCCCAAGGACUACAUGGUGGAGUCUCUGCUGGUCACCAUCUUCUGCUGUCUGAUCAGCGGCCUCGUGGCCCUCAUGUAUUCAUAUGAGACGCGUGCUGCCCUGGCCCGGGGAGACCUCGCAGAGGGGGAGCGGGCAUCCCGCAAGGCCCGGCAGAUGGUUCUGCUCAGCCUGCUUUUUGGGGUCUGCACGUGCCUGGCCUGGAUCCUGUAUGUGGUGGUGGCCCUCUGUAUCUAA